AUGUCCUAUGAGGAUUUCAGGGAUAACUACCUACUGGACUACCCUCUUGCGCCUCCAGAGGAGUUGCCUAAAAAACCAUUAUCUGACUAUAUAGUAGCAUGCAUAUUAUCCCUAGCCGUAGCAUUCGGUGGAUUCAUUACUGGCUGGGAUACAGGUACCAUUUCAGGUAUCGUCGCCCAGGAAGACUUUAUACAAAGGUUCGGUGAGCGACGUAGCAACGGUUCACAUCAUUUGUCCAAUGCAAGAACGGGGAUUAUCGUCUCCCUGUUCAAUAUAGGGUGUGCCGUUGGAGGGAUUGUUUUAUCCAGAGUUGGUGAUAAAUUUGGUAGAAAGAAAGGGCUGAUGGUCGUCAUCGUCAUAUAUAUUGUGGGGGUCAUUGUACAAAUAUCCACACAAAAGGCCUGGUAUCAAUAUUUCAUUGGAAGAGUCGUCUCAGGACUGGGUGUCGGUGGUAUUGCCGUGUUAUGUCCCAUGUUAAUUUCUGAAAUUUCACCAAAACAUUUGAGAGGAACUUGCAUAUCAUUUUAUCAAUUGAUGAUUACCGCAGGGAUCUUCCUGGGGUAUUGUACCAAUUAUGGUACUAAAGAUUAUAACAAUUCUGUGCAAUGGAGAGUGCCCCUCGGGUUAUCAUUUGCAUGGGCUUUAAUUAUGAUUGUUAUCUUAUUUUUCGUUCCUGAAUCACCUAGAUUUCUUUGUGAAAUAAAUGACCCGGAAAAGGCAAAGAGAUCCAUCGCUAAGAUCCAUAACGUAAGUGUAAAGGAUCCAUCUGUACAAACUGAAGUCGAUUUAAUCAUGUCAGGUGUAGAAUCUGAAAAAUUAGCAGGUAGUGCAUCGUGGCGUGAAUUGUUAUCCACAAGGACAAAAGUAAGACAAAGAGUAAUUAUGGGUAUCAUGAUCUUAAUGUUACAACAAUUGACUGGUGAUAAUUAUUUCUUCUACUAUGGUACAAUUGUGUUUAGAUCUGUCGGAUUAAACGAUUCUUUCCAAACAUCCAUCGUCUUUGGUGUCGUCAAUUUCUUUUCAACGUUCUUCGCUCUAUAUACAGUGGAUAACGUCGGUCGAAGAUUAAUGUUACUUUGGGCGGGUGCCGCAAUGACUGCAUGCUUAAUUAUUUAUUCAUCUGUCGGUGUGACAAGAUUAUGGCCACACGGUGAAGGUAAUGGCUCAUCUAAGGGUGCAGGUAAUUGUAUGAUCGUGUUCACCUCAUUUUACAUUUUCUGCUACGCCAUGAGUUGGGCACCAAUCCCAUGGGUUCUUGUUGCAGAAUCAUACCCAAUAAGAGUUAAAUCAAAAUGUAUGGCAGUGUCAGCAGCAUCAAAUUGGAUAUGGGGGUUUCUUAUCAGUUUCUUCACUCCAUUUAUUACAUCUUCCAUUAAUUUUUAUUAUGGUUAUGUCUUUGUUGGCUGUCUAGUAUUUUCAUGGUUUUAUGUGUUUUUCUUCAUUCCUGAAACAAAGGGUUUGUCAUUAGAAGAAAUUCAAACUCUUUGGGAUGAAGGUGUAGCACCUUGGAAAUCCGCUAAAUGGGUUCGUCCAUCGAAAAGAACUUAUGAUUAUGAUCUAGAAAAAUUCCAAAAGGAUGAAAAUCCAUGGUAUAAAGCAUUUAAUUAA